GAAAAUUAAUGUUUUUAAUAGAAGCAGACGAUUUCGCUGAGAUGAUUGGACUGAACUGGAACAAUCGAUAAAAACAUAUCUUGAAAAGACACGCAAUUUCUGUUAUUCGUUUCCAAGGCAAGACAUGUUCUCCCAUAUUCCUGCUGAUGUGUUUUGUACGCAGAUUAAUGGAAAUGUAGAAGAUGCUUUGAGAGUUCUGAAAGCUCGUCUGGGAAAUAUACAGAAGAGACCACAGACCUUUGAUUGGGAAUUUGCAAGCAUAGAUCCAGAAAAUCCAAUAACUCAAGUAUCAAAAACUCCCAGUGAUGCGGAAUUUCCUUGCGAUUGGGAUGAUGGCGAUGUCGAAAAUGAAAAAGAAGGCAUCAGCUAUCCAAACACUCCAAGAACUCCUUCGAAUUGUAAAGGAGUGGAUUCCGAAGAGGAUAUAGAGAAAGAUGAGCAAAAUGAAGAAACACCUGAGCCGAAUUUUCAGAAACUAGAAGAUGUUCCAGAGAAGGAUGAGAAAGAAGAAAAAGAAGGUGACGACAGUGAUCGAGUUCUGAUAGAGAAACAAGAAGAUGAGAAGAAAGAAGGUGAAGAAAAGGAAACAGAAGAAAAAGAAGAGGGAAAGAAAGCAGAAGAAAAAGAAGAAGAAGAAAAGAAAGAACCAAUGCGAUGGGAGAGGCCAAAGCGGCCCACAUCAAUCAUGAAGACAAAAUUACUUGUGAACGAUGUUGUCAAAUUCAUUGAAGAAAUGAAACAGAAAAUCACCCAUGAGGAUACGGAUCUAAGAGUCAUACCAAGCCCUACAGCUUGCCGAUUCGAGUUGCCCAUUGACAUGACAACCCUAAAAGAUUUAACACCUCUCCAGUACACAUCAAAACACUGCCGACCUGCGGAGACCAGGAAAAAGAUAUAUACAACGAGAUAUGAAGAGUAUCGAGAAGAAAAAAAUGUCUCAGUGGUGCUUGUUUCUGAAAUUCGAGUUAUAUAUGAAAAACUUUUUCACGACCCGGUUUUGGUUGAUGAAAUGCUGCAUCUGAGAAGAUUAUUAGAUCUUGACUUAAAUCAAGAGUUGGAUGCGGAGCUAUUCGUUGCUGUAUCUUGCUUAAUGGAACGAAUUAUUCAGAAAAACAAAGGAUCAAGAUCAUCUCAAGAAAAGAAAAAAAAUGUCUUUGAAGUUGCAGAUUUUUGUUCACUGAAUGGGAAAUUACAUGGAAUAGACAUAUCUCCAAGACUUCGCAGUUUAUUAGAGUUCAUUAGAAUAAUGUAA